AUGACGACGGAUCCACUCAACGAACCGAUACUGGUGACCGGCGGUUACGACCACACGAUUCGCGUUUGGCAACCGUACACCAGCCAAUGCGUUCGGACGAUGCAACACGUCGACUCGCAAGUGAAUUCGUUGGACAUCUCGCCAAAGCGUAACAUGCUGGCGGCAUGCGGCUAUCAGCACAUCCGCCUGUACGAUCUCGUCUCCAACUAUCCGAUAGUGAACUUCGAGGGCGUUACGAAGAACGUAACGCGUGUCGGCUUCCAGGAGGAUGGCAAAUGGAUGUUCACUGGCGGCGAAGAUGGGAAAGUGCGCAUUUGGGACAUGAGCUCGCAGAAUCCAUCCUGCAAGCGCAUCUUCGACUGCCAGAGCCCGGUCAAUGCGGUCUGUCUGCUGCCGAACCAGGUGGAGUUGCUGAUGGCGCAUCAGGGCGGUGGCAUCUACCUGUGGGACGUAAAGUCGGACCAGCACGACCACCUCCUGCCGGAGGUCGAAUGCUCGAUACAGGACGUUGCGGUAAGCCCGAACGGUGCGUACAUGGCAGCAAUCAACAACAAGGGCAGCUGCUUCAUCUGGAUGCUCACCAGCUGGUGUGGGCCACCGGGGCAGGAAAUACAGCUGACCCGUUCGGAGGCGAAGCUCAAGAUACAGGCACACGAUAAGUACGGGCUACGGUGCAAGUUCAGCCCCGACUCGAGCUUGCUGGUGACCUGCUCCGGUGACAGUACCGCACGGAUCUACUCCACCGACACGUGGACGUUACAGGCGGAGUUGCGCAUCGAUCGCUUCUGGAUCUGGGACGCUGCCUUCAACAACGAUUCCAAGUACCUGUUUACCGCCUCAUCUGAUAGUUUGGUGCGGCUGUGGCGAAUCGACACCAAGACGGUCGAGAGGGAAUACGCUGGUCACCUGAAGGCCGUCACCGCACUGGCCUUCCAGGAUGAACCUGUACGCAGCAUUACCGAUACCACCGGUACUGGCCUGACGUCCACACACUAA